AUGGAACCCAGUUUCGAGAAGCCGGAGGAGGAGUCAGAGAAGGAGCCGGAGCUGCUAAUCAAGUUCACGCUGAAGGCCGAGGAGGGCUUGGACAAGGACUUGGUGACAUGGGUCCGAGAAGCGCCUUUCGAGAGUGGCGAAAAGCGAAAAGAGUUCUACGACCUCUUGGAGGGGAAGGAGGUGUACAAACUCAAGCAGCUUGCCUCCUUGCAGGACGACGAGUUGGAAACGGCAAAGGUCCACGAAAAGGUUCGCAAGCGAGUUCAAGAUACCGGCUUAAGCCCAGAGUCAGCAAGUAAAGCAGCAGAGGAGCAGAGGGCCCGCCAGCAGGUAGCUCGGGACACGGUGAAUGCGGAGCUGGCAAGGACUCAGCAGUUCAUCGAAUCAGCAUUGGAAGCCUCAAGAGAAGUGGUAAGUCAAGGGAGUGCCAACUUGCGAGAGCAAGUGGCAGCAGAUCUGAGCAGGGCCAGUGAAGCCCUUGCUGAGUUGCAGGUUUCAGAAGCCAAUCUUGCUGUCGAAAGCAGCCGGCUGGAUGCGCUGGCCAGCUCUUCUGGCGGCUUCGUGAAUGGACAACGCCUGUCGAUCGUAGAGCUGAUCAAUUAUGCUCAGGUCAUGCAUGGCAUCAGGCUGAUUGGAGAUGGCCUGCGCCCAGCUUCCUUUGAGCAAGUUGUGCAGCUGACGCCAGCUGCUGCAGCCUUGUCUGAGUCCGUGCUUUCCUCUUUGGUGGCCUAUGCACCGGAUGCGACUGCCAGUGAGUUCACCUUCGAAACAGAGAGCGCCUCCGACUCACAGAGGGCUAGUACGAGCUUCAAUACCUUUGGCCGGAGCUUCUUCGAGAGCCGCACGACCACUGGCGGCGGUGCCGCAGGUUUUGGCCCCUUCUUCUCUGCUUCAGUCUCCUACACUGACACCGAGACCAAUGGCAGAGCCAGUAGAGAGCAGGACAGAACUACGGCGAGAAUGCAGGCUAAGGUAGCCAGCCUCUUCAGGACGCUAUACCGAUUGGAGCCGAGGCUUCUCAUCGAGCUCUCCGAGAACAUGAUUACUCCCUCACAGCGUUUCGAAAGUGAAAUGCAAGGCCUUGUGGACAUCUUUUGCAUGGAUCCACAGGACAAGGCGGACGAUGCGUGUGCUCCGAGGCCCAACGCAGGCAACCCGCCGGACCUGGGUACUUCGCCAACCAUCGCGCAGACCCAGGUCAUCUAUAUCUCCUUCAUUGUCGCAAAUGUGAAGGAACAAACGAUGAAGACCGAUCCGGACUUGGCUGACAGGCUCAAGUUGGCUCUCAGAAAUGCUGCGCAGUCGUUUGCCGGCCCAGUUCAACAAGAUGUUGCUGUGAUCUUCAAGAAGCCUAGCAAAAGCACAGGGGUGAACGUCUUUCAGAACUUAGCUGUCGACAUCAUCCUCACACCGACCGAACAGACGCUGCUCAAAGACGCCUUCCAAAAGCUCGAGUACUGGGCAGUCCGGGGUUACCUCCAGGCAGCCCUGCUCACAGCUGUGACCUCGACCCGCGGCAUCAACAAUGCGUUUGCUUUGAGCAGGGAGAGCGAGGAGAAUGUAACGCUGCCCCCAGAGCAUUUCAGAGUGGAGGCACCGUUUAUCCCGCAGACGUAUGGCACCGCCCAGAAUGACACUGGCGUUGCAGGCGUCCAAUUGCAGGCCACCAAUUCCACGGCCAACUCAUCCGAUUCCGGCACCGCCCGUGAGGAGAUUGACAACCUGAGGAAACGAAGGCCCGAUUUAGUGAUGGCGGUCCAUUCCUUGUUCUGGCACUUCGGGACACACGUCUGUCCGCACGUUCUCCUCGGUGGUUGGUGGAAGCUCACCGCCAGCAUGCAGAGCAACUCCACCUUCAGCUUGCUCGACAUGAGCAACAUUUUGUCAAACGCUUUGUUUGAAGCCGAAAGCAGGGCUUACUCGGCAUCUGCCUCAGGCGCCUACAAGCAAUUUGCUGCCACUGGAUCCGGAGGGCGGUCACGUGCUGAAGAAACGCAGGAGGGAAGCACGGACGCCGCCCGCGACAUCAACCAGGAGGCCUUUCGACAUUCCACGGUCAGCGUAGUGCAGGAAUGGAAAGGCGGCGCAUCGGGCACCUCACCGGGAGACUGGAGGCGAAGCUUGGACAGCAGCUUUAAUUCCAACUGGCGCAUCAUCGACAGGGAAGUCGACCGCUGUCUUGGCGUGUGGACCUGGAUGCCCAGUGAUCGACUGAAGCUACUCUUGUGCACAGAAUGGUUGGAGGAGUUCCUCCCAUCCUUGAUCAUCGAAUCCAACGAAUCGAUCGUGCAGGGCUUUGACUGGCAAGGCUUUUGUCAAGAUCCUGCCGGUCUUGCGAGUUUGCGCGAGACAGUGCGACGCCGAUUGCAAGAAGAGCAGGAGGCAGCCCGCCGUCGUGAAGAGAAGCUUGCAGCUGAAGAAUCGAACCGCGUUCGGUCCAUGGGAUGGUUCAUAGGUGUAGAAGAUGACACCACCGGCACCAGCUUUAGUGGGAAGUAUGGUGUACCAUGCAGCACGGUGUGCUACAAAAAUGGAUACACAGGUGGCUGCGACAAAGAGAAGAUGGCGACGAUAGACUCAAAUGAGGCGGUGGCCCAGGCUUUUACAUGGGCGAAGCCCACGAGUUACAAGUGCGACACCUCGAAUUUCCACCCCCCCGCACUUACCCUGGCACGCCCUUCUAUAUCUUUGACAAAGACACCCGAAGUGAAUAUGGUGACUGUUGCCCUCUCGUGCCGGGAACGCCCGCGUCCGCAAUCGAGUGCGACGCACGGGUCACUGCCGAUGAUCGGCAUGCGACCCUUUGUGCCUGCAUCAAAGAGGCCCCGGAAGUGCACUGGCGCAUAG